UUAUAUCACAGAUUCUUGUGUUCGGCAGCAACACGUUCUCACUCCCAAAGCGUAACAUUUUACGCUAGGUGACAAAUCGUCAACAUAUUACGUUUUCGGCCACCCAACGCGUAAGUGACGACAUCGGAAAACUGCGGACAUAUGAGAACCGUUUAGACUCAAUCUAUACGUCUUCGCUUUUUCCCUUAAAAUCGCUUGGGAAAACACUAUUUCACGUCAUUAAAGUGCUGGUUAAGGUUAGGAAUAAGGUUAUGGUUAGGUUUAGGGAUAAGGUUAGGUUUAGACGUAGGGAUACGGUUAUGGUUAAGGUUAGGAAUAAGGUUAUGGUUAGGCAUAAGGUUAUGGUUAAGGUUACAAAUAGGGUUAUGGUUAGGCUUAGGGAUAAGGUUAGGUUUAGGGCUGCAAUACAGGGCUGGAACCCGCCGCGUUCCGUAACAACGUGGAAGGUCACCUUUCGCGUUCCUCGGGAACGCCGCGGGACGUGACAAAACGUCGGGAUGUUACGCCUCGGGACUAAAUGGAGGUGCCACGUCGACCAGAAAUGUUUGACUUCCAUGGAGUCUCCAUGAUCAACAUCAUCACUGACAACUGGGACAACGUACAGAACUUCAAAGCAAGACCAGAUGAUAUUCUUAUCGCUACGUACCCUAAAGCAGGAACCACAUGGAUCUCUUACAUCCUAGAUCUUCUGUAUUUUGAGAACAUGGAUCCAGAUCGUCAGACAUCCAUCCCUCUUCAUGAAAGAGUGGCCUUCCUGGAGAUUUCUGUACCUUCUCAACCUUCAGGUACCGAUUUGGCAGACAAACUUCCCACCACUCCUCGUCUCAUUAAAACUCAUCUACCAGUCCAGUUUGUACCAAAGUCCUUCUGGGAGCAGCGCUGCAGGGUGGUUUAUAUGGCCCGCAAUGCAAAAGACAAUGUAGUGUCCUAUUUCCACUUUAACCGCAUGAACAGUGCCCUCCCAGAACCAGGAGACUGGAGCACCUUUCUGCAGGACUUCAUGGAGGGAAAGAGGGUUUAUGGAUCGUGGUAUGACUAUGUGAACGGCUGGUGGGAGAAGAAGCAAACUUAUUCAGAUUUUCACUACAUGUUCUAUGAGGAUUUGAUUGAGGACUGUGGACGAGAACUAGACGGGCUGUGCUCCUUCCUUGGUUUGUCUCCAUCAGUUGAAGAGAAGGAAAGAAUCAGAGCCAGUGUGACGUUUGACAGCAUGAAGCAAAACAAGAUGACCAACUAUACCACAGCUCACAAGCUGAACCACGAGGUUUCUCCUUUUAUGAGAAAAGGAAAAGUUGGUGACUGGAAGAACCACUUCACUGUGGCCCAGAAUGAGCAGUUUGAUGAGGACUACAAGAAGAAGAUGAAGAAUCCUGAUUUGAAGUUUCGCUGUGAAAUUCAAAGAGCGGGCUGGAGCUGAGAAGUGAUAUGCAAUUAAAUAGUUAAGAAUAAAUCAAAUAUUAAGCCUGAAGAACUGAAUUCUCUUACAUUGUGGUGCUGUUGGCUAUAUAUCAGCUUAACAUCCUAGGACCUGGACCUUUGGGUUGUGCACACCAAAAUACAAAAUUUUGCUCUACAAAGGGCCUGAUAUCCACUUACAAGGACAUUAUACUGCCACUGUUCUAUCAAAAUCUAAAAUGAAUGUCCUCUUAUGUGGAGCUUAUUUUUCUCAGAAACAAAAAUCAGGUAAAAUAAAAAGGGUCAUUCUUUGUUUUUACAUUCAUCAGGUCCCAAUCGGCCCAAAUAGCAAAGAGAAAUAAAAAAUGCAUGCCAUGAAAGAGUUCGGGUCUUAGGAGGUUAAGAAAAAGGAGGAUGAAGGAACAUGUUGGUCAUAUAGAAUAUCCUGACUGUCUACAUGCCGUGGUCAUCAUAAAAGUCAAACAUAAGAUCAAAGGUUUUGAUGUUCUUUUUAAACUCUCCAUUACAAAGAGACAAACUACCCGUCCAAUAAUGCUGUUUAAUGUUUGUAUAUGCUAUUUACUUACUCCACACAGGAACCAGAGUUCAUUUUGUGUAAUUUCCCAGCUUAAAAAAACAUUUAUCCUCAACUUAAAAACUACACUACCUGAACAAACUAAACUUUGUUUAUUUCUCAAA